ACUUAUUAAAUCUCAAUUACAAAUUGUCCAAAUUUGAUUCCUGAUGUUGGAAGCAUCUCCAUCCUGGAGACAGUGGAGAAAGAAAAGGACGUGGAAAACAAAGCUCCACACAAAGCAAAGCGCAAGAAUAAAGCAAAGAAUAAAAAAGAAAACCCAAAAAACAAUGCCAUCAUCUAAUGCUAAAACAUAGUCAAUCUAAAACCCGCGAACAAUCCUUCACAAACCCUAAUGGCUCCACCCCCAAUUUGCCCACCAAACUCGUUUCUGUACAAUUCAACCCUGUGCGCAUGCGACCCUGGGUAUUAUUUCACAAUAAACACCACAUGCGUGGCUUUCGAUGCGCCAGCAGGGGAUUUUGUGGUGGUGAAUUCUGCCGUGGAGCACAAUGGGCCCACGUUCUUGAACUCGAUGCUGCCGUUGGAUGCGCUGAGGAGGCUGACGCAGCCGCAGGCCACGGAGCUGAUUGGGGCAACGCUGGUGACGAUAUUGCUGUGGCUUGUGUUCUGCUUGGUGGUGAGGAUUGGGAGAUUGGAUGGCGGGGAGACCGUUUGGUUUCGGCUUAGGUGGUGGAUUAGUAGGCUUGAUUAUUGUUUUGCUACCAAACAUUUUGUGGAGGACCUCAAGGUGGUAAAGAAAAGGAAGACAGAGUUGGGAGGAACUUUUUCUGUAGCAAGCUGGAUACUCUUUGUUGGCCUGUUGUCUGCGUUGCUAUAUCAAGUUAUUACCAGACGAAGUAUCGAGGUGCAUAGGGUCAGACCAGCUAAUGCACCAGAUUUGCUCUCAUUUGUCAAUGACAUGGAAUUCAACAUAACCGCAAUUUCUAGCAUGAGUUGUUCUCACUUGCGUGGUCUCGAUAAACUAGUGAUUGGAACACCUGGUUCAAUUUAUUUCAGGGUUCAUCCUUUGGCAAGUUAUACAAAUUAUUCUUGCUACAACACGAGUAGAGGGCCAACAAUUUCCUUUAAAUGCAACAGAUGUAAGGUUCCCAGUGAAGAUCACUACAUUUCAUGGCAGUUUGUUGACCUUGCAAAUGAUCCUGCUACUGCAGUUGGUUUUCAGUUCAACCUUACUGCGAAAGCCCAUGGUGAUGAUAGACAUUUGAGCUUUGUUAGUGGGACACUGAAAUCAGGGAGCUCGAGAAAUGAUUGCCCACAAACUUUCAGGGGCCAAGACAUGAAUAUAUUGAAAAUUCACUUGUUUCCUCAGAAAUUUACCUACUUGCAUAAUCUCAGGCUCAUUCAGCCUCUGUUGCAUGACUUUCUUCCUGGAUCAUCUUUUUCUGAUGUUGGUGACCUCCGAGCAUCCCUUCAGAGUUCUAAGGGUGGAGUAGUUAAUACUACAUUGUAUAUUAGCUAUCUUUCUGACUACAUUGUGGAGGUCGACAAACAAAAAAUCGUGGGAAUAGUGAGUUUCUUGGCAGAUGUUGGUGGACUUUAUACCAUUAGUCUUGCAAUUUUUCUGUACUUCUUACUACAAUGUGAGGCCAGAUUCAAGAAGCUUCGCAAUGAAGAUACUAUUAUGAGAAGCAUUAGAAGUCAGAGACGUGCUCAACGGCGUUGGGAUACAUUGAGGAAAUAUGUCAACUACACAUGGGGCCGCAGCAAUUUGAAUAUGAAACGCAGUAGUAAAAGGCAUGAUGGUUUGCUUCCAGUUCCUUUGUGUGGAGUUGGGUCUUUGCAUAAAUUAAAGCAACCAAGUCGAAGGAGUUCAAUAUAUCAUGACAAAAUGGCUGAUACUCCUAAUCAAACCAAUUUCGCUCCAGAUGCUGUUUACACUGGAAUUAUUAAAUCAAUAACAGGUACUACAACAAACUUUGAGGGAGGAUCUCUCCCUUCGGAGCAUGAACACGAGAUGAAUGAUGUAGCAAAGGAUGGAUAAAGGACAGACAUUGCUUAUGUACCUCCUAACUCCAGUUGGCUUUCAGAGAGAGGAAUUUUUCAUCUCGUUACGUGGGGAAAAAGGUGUUCUUAGUGUGGAUGAGAGAGAGAUAUUUCUGCGAUGCUGGCUUCUCAUCAGACGUUACUUCAUUGGAUAUUGAAAUGAGCAACUCGUCAUGUGGAAUCAGAUAGGCUCAGGCUCUGGCGGAUAUUGAAGAUUCUAAAGGGCUUGUAGAAGUGACGGAAGGUUUGGAAACAGAAAGGGAUCACAAGAACAAUUGCAAUGAGCCCGAGUUGCGUAUAUUUUUCAUGCAAAUUACGGGGAUUCAUUUUAUUGUUUUUUUUUUAAUUUUUUCUUGUUUUACAUUUACUAUUUUCUUUUUUACACAGAGGAAGUUGUUUUCCUUUACCGAGCCGUGUUUGUUAGCAGGGCCAUUAUAGCAUUUCGUGCAUGUUAAGAAAAUAGAAACCAAAUCAAAAUUGUAUAUAUCAUAAUUUAUGUCAUUUAUUUAUAUUGA